AUGCCAUCACCACCUCUCGCUCGCUUCACCUUCAUCUCAAGUAAACUCUUGGCUUUCUGCGCUCUCUCUCCCCACGCCGAUCUCCGCUAUGCCCAUACCCUCUUCUCUUGCAUCCCUUUCCCACCUCUCUUCCACUACAACACCAUCAUCGCCGCCUUUUCCCGCCGCUCCUCCUCCCCCUUCCUCCGAAUGUUAAACGACAUCGUUCGCCCCAACGCCUGCACCUUCACCCUCCUCCUCUCCAAAGCCUCCCCUUCUCUCUCCUUCAUCCAACAACUCUACUCCCUCAUCCUCCGACUCGGCCACCUCGUCAAUCCCUACGUCGCCACCUCCCUCGUCGCCACCUACUUCAACCACGCCUGCACACGAGUCGUUCGCCGCGUGUUCAACAAAAGUCCUAACAAAAACGUUGCGUGUUGCACAAGCCUCCUCACCGGCUACUGCAACAACAGCUUGGUAUACGAAGCCAGGAAGGUGUUCGAAGUAAUCCCCGACAAAAAACGACGUGUCGUACAACGCAAUGGUCUUUGGCUACAUCAGAAACGGCCCAAUAACUCUCUUCUGGCGAGUGUUCUCAGCGCGUGUGCUGCCAUCAGCGCAUUUGAAGAAGGGAAGUGGAUUCACUCUUAUGUACACCGAAACGGAGAGUUAGAAUAUCACGAAGUUGAGCUCGGAUUCACUCUUAUGUACUACAAGCUCCACGAACCCAACCAAGAACCCUAA